AUCCACACCAGCGACUACUGCCUCUCACCGAGUGCACCAUCGGCACUAAGGAAACGGGACGGAUGUAUUGAGAGAAGAAGCCCAUACUCACCCCCCUUUUCUUUUCUUUUCUUUUUUUCUUUCAAUUGUGUGGGGGUUAACAUCGGUCUUCAAACAUCUAAACGGCUGUGAAAGGCAGAUACAAGGUUAACUAUGGGGAUCAAGGCAGCCCUUCCCAGGUAUGAGCUGUACUGCUACACUGUUGUCCUCUUUCUCGCACUCUUAUGGGCAGGCAGUUGGAUCAUUGAGGCCUCCAGUGGGAAUGUAAGCAGACGGGCAUUUCGGGAGAGUGUGAAACCAGGAUGGCACUACUUUGGCAGAAAAAUGGAUGCAUCAGAUUUCGAAUGGGUUAUGUGGUUUACCACUUUUCGCAAUCACAUCUUGUUUGCCCUCUCUGGUCAUGUGAUCUUUGCUAAAAUCUGCUCGAUGGUGUCACCAAGGAACAGAUCAUUGAUCUAUAUGAUGUAUGGAUCUCUAGCUGUCCUGAUUACUAUGGGAUGGACAUACGUCUCUCUCAUUCUGUCUCACUGCAUCGUCCUCUACAGCGUGGCACUCAUCAAGAGGAAGUGGCUCUGCUUUGUUGCUGGUCUUACCAGCCUGGCAACUUUCAAGAUGGAGCCCUUUAACACUUGGCAGGAAGGCUUUGUAACAGGCUCCUUUGACCUGCAAGACGUCCUGUUCUAUGGAGGUUGCGGGUUCUCCAUUAUGCGCUGUAUGAGCUUUGCCUUAGAGAACUGUGAGAAGAAAGAUGGCAGCUACAGUUUCAUGGAUUUGAUCAAGUACAACUUCUACCUCCCCUUCUUCUUCUUUGGACCUGUCAUGACCUUUGAUCGAUUCCAUGAGCAGGCUAACAACUCUAACUUGACUCGUAAGGAGAGAGAGAUGUGGAACAUCACCAUUCAUGCUUUGGUUCACCUUGGUGCUAUUUUGGUGGUGGAUGUCUUCUUCCAUUUCUUGUACAUUUUGACCAUCCCAAGCGAUUUGAAGCUUGUGAAGCAACUGUCUGAUUGGUCUUUGGCUGGGUUGGCAUACUCUAAUCUGGUGUAUGACUGGGUGAAAGCAGCCGUUAUGUUUGGUGUCAUUAACACGGUAUCCAGACUGGACCACCUGGACCCUCCCCAGCCCCCUAAAUGCAUCACAAUGCUCUAUGUCUUCGCUGAAACGCACUUUGACAGAGGAAUCAAUGACUGGCUGUGCAAAUAUGUCUAUGACUAUAUUGGAGAAAACCAUGAUGCUAUCUUCAAGGAGCUUGUUGCAACCAUUUGCACCUUUGUUGUCACAACCCUGUGGCUUGGACCCUGUGAACUGGUCUACAUCUGGUCUUUCUUUAACUGCUUUGGCCUAAACUUUGAACUGUGGGUGGCCAAGUUCUUCUCAAUCCCUCCGUUCUCCACCAUUGAGCGGGGUCUUAUGUCUGAGGCAAUGUCACGCCGAAUCAGAGGCUUGUUCAAUGCUGUUAACUUCUGGCAAAUUGUCCUGUACAAUGUCCUGGCAUUGAACAGUCUGGAUUUUGCUCAGCUGGUUGCUAAGAGACUGCUUCUUAAAGGCUUCCCCCUGUCCACGCUCUCUGUAUUGUUUGUGACUUACUGUGGCGUGCAGCUGAUAAAGGAGAGAGAGCGAAAGCAGGCUUUGCUGGAUGAUCCGGAACCAGUGGCACCUCCAGAGCUGGGCAAACAGAAGGCCGAGUAAAGGACAAGGAGUUCAUUGAAUCUGAUCCAGCUCUUGAGGUCCCUCUUGUUAAUUCUGCCCCUGAGCUUCCAUGCCAGACUGAUGCAGUCCAAUCACUAUGGUCACUGCUUUGCACAAGUCUGUUUUAAAAACAAGACAUUUUUAACUGUGAAUAGUUCUAAAGUGCACUUGCUCUUGCCAAAUGCAACCUUUCCUCUGACAUAAACUUGCAAAUAUACAGGCAAAUCAACAAGUUCAUUUUUUAUUUGUAUUUUAAAUGGAAAUGGAUAUUUAAAGGACGGGCUUGCCAAAUAUUUAUGAAUAAAUAAUAUAUUGAAAAAUAAAGAGAAAAUGUGAAAUGUU